UGACCAAACAGACCAAUUACACAUUCCAUGAAUGCAGUGUCGAGAACUUCUUGCACAAUCUCUAACCUCACAUAACGAGAGAGAAGAGAAGAAAUGGGGAGAAUCACGUUAAUAAUUAUUCCAGUUCUUCUCUUCUUGUUGUUUACCCUGCAAGACCCUUCCGUUCAGGGUCUUGAAGAAUCAGCUGUCAGAAAUCUUAACCUAGAAUCGGGGCAGGUUCUUGAAGUUCAUUGUUCAAGAGAACGAAGCAGGGCAGCCUGGGACAUUAUAGAGGAGUAUUUGAUGCCGUUUGUAGAGCAAGAAAGGUUUCAAAUUUCGAAUAAGUGUAGGCUUCAUCAGGACAAUGAUAUGUUUAGGGAUCAAGAGCAGCACAAGAUUCAUGUGGAUAUAAACGAAUGGCGGUGUGGAUAUUGUAGGAAAAGUUUCCGUGCUGAAAAGUUUCUUGAUCAACAUUUUGACAACAGACACCGCAAUCUUCUUAAUGUCAGUCAGAGUAACUGCUUGGCUGAUCUAUGUGGAGCAUUGCAUUGUGAUUUCGUGUUGAAUUCCAAGUCUUCCAAAUCCAAGUGCAAUCCUGCAGCUGUUGCCAGGAAUCGCCACCUUUGUGAGAGUAUUGCCAACAACUGUUUUCCUAUUAAUCUGGGUCCUUCAGCAAGCCGUCUUCAUGAAUUGUUUUUGCAUCAAUUUUGUGAUGCCCACGUUUGCCCAGCAAAAAUAAAACCAUUUCCUAAAGGAGGCAAGAAGCAAACAAGUAUAUUCUACCUGGCUAUUUCCAUUUUGACUUUGAUGCUGCUACCCAUAUUCUAUCUUAUUGUUUACUUAUAUCAAAGAGAAAUAAGGAGGGGAACCCAAGAGCUCAGGCGAAUCUCUAAAGUUGGCCGGAAAACAAAACCCUUAUAAUUGGCCCUGGUCGGUGGGUUCUGUACUAUUUUUGUCUCGGUUCCUCAUGCUCGUCUUGGUUUUCUCUGAUAUUUGAAGGUCUUGGUCAACCCCCUUCAAUCUCCCCCGCUGAACAAAAAAACUUGCCCUCUGAGUCAUUAUUAUACAAUACACUUCAAACAUAUAGAAGGAUCAAACCAAAGUUUGAAUGUUACCAUGAAAAUUUUGUUUUUAAAGAUGAUAGUCUUUUUAUAUUGAUUGACGACUUUUUUGUAAUCGUCUUUAAGAAUUGUCACUUCUGUGUCUUCAUGAGUAAGGGUAGGGCUAAUUUUCAUUUGUGAAACUUUGUAAUCAAUUUUGGAGAUGUUAUUAUAAAAAGUAUGUCUAUUAAGGAAAA